AUGGCGGACCGGAAAGAACCUCAGGCCUUUGAUGGCUUGAGACACAAUGACAUCAGUGAUGAAAGACCUGAUAAUGGGAGUACCAUUGACGCGCAGAACUUUGCGUACAGUGAGGAUCGAAAGAUUGGUAUCACUGGUGCUGUCUUUUUGAUUCUGAAUAAGAUGAUUGGCACAGGAAUCUUUUCAACGCCGUCGAGUAUCUUUGCAGCCACUGGCUCCGUCGGCAUCUCUCUCAUGCUUUGGGUGAUAGGCGGUUUCCUCACCUUUUGCGGCCUAAGCGUCUUUCUCGAAUUCGGCUUAGCUAUUCCACGAUCUGGAGGUGAGAAGAAUUAUCUCGAGCGCGUUUAUCGCCGUCCUCGAUAUCUAGCGACAUGCGUUCUCGCAUCGCAGAUGAUUCUUCUUGGCUUUUCCUCUGGUAAUUCUCUUGCUUUUGGACGCUAUAUCCUCUUUGCGUCUGGGCGAGAAACACCUGAUGGAUGGGAAGCUCGCGGCAUCGCAGUGACAUGCGUGACCUUUGCCGUCUUGAUGCACAGUGUAACCCCAAAGUGGGGUAUUCGCCUCUUCAACGUCCUUGGCGUUUUCAAAGUCGUCAUUCUUCUCUUCAUCGUCUUUUCAGGCUUUGCCGCCCUCGCAGGUCAUCGUCGCGUGCCCAAUCCUCACAACUUUGACAACGCCUUUAGAAUCGAAGACGGCGAUGGGUACGGUGGCGGAGGCGCAUACGCUUACUCCAACGCCCUUCUGAACAUCAUCUACAGCUACAAGGGCUGGGAGAACGCAAACUAUGUAGUAAGCGAACUCAAGCACCCCAAGAAAACCCUCGCCAUCGCAGCGCCUAUAGCUAUCGGCGGCGUGACGAUUCUAUACGUCCUCGCCAAUGUAGCGUACUUUGCAGCGAUUCCAAAAUCAGACCUCGCCAAAUCAGAAGUCAUCGUCGCGGGUCUCUUUUUCCGAAACAUCUUUGGUGAGAGCGCGGCGGCGCGGAGUCUCCCUGCUUUUGUGGCGUUGAGCAAUCUUGGGAAUGUGCUUGCUGUUUCGUUUGCGCAUGCGAGGUUGAAUCAGGAGUUGGCCAAGGAGGGGAUGUUGCCGUUUAGUCGGUUCUGGGCGUCGAAUAAGCCGUUUAAUGCACCAGCUUCUGCGCUUUUUCUUCAUUGGAUUGUUACGGUUGUUGUGCUUCUUGCGCCGCCUGCUGGACCAGCUUAUAACUUUAUCGUCAACCUGUACACAUACCCCGGCUCUUGGAUCAACGGCUUCGUCACCGCGGGCUUGAUAUACCUGCACUACAAGAAAUCCGAGAACUGGACAUCACCGUGGCACACAUAUCUCCCCAUAUCCAUAAUCUACCUCCUCGCCAAUAUCUUUCUCGCCUUGGUGCCCUUUAUCCCACCUGAUGGCGACUGGAACGCAGAUGGAUAUCCAUACUACGUGUUUCCUGUCGUUGGUGUUGCUGUUUUGAUCCUUGGUGGUGUCUACUGGGGUUUCUGGACAAAGAUACUGCCCAGGAUUGGAGGAUACAAGGUUGUUGCGGACAGAACGUUUGAUGACUCUGGAGUUGAGACGGUUAGGUACCGAAAGGUUCCUGUCAAGAGAGAUUAA